AUGUCUCUCAAAUUUUCUAUUUACACUUGCCCCCCAAUUCUAACCAAGGCCCCCUCUCCAGACGCCUCAUCCAAGGACUCGGGCCUUUGGCAACCUCAGUCAGUCACUCUGCUCUACACUCCUACGACUGCGCUCGUUGUGGAUUGCCCCGCCACCGUUAAUCCUACACGUGAACUGGCAGAAUGGAUCAAAUCUCAGCUGCCACUGGGCAGCACUCUCAAGUACUUUGUCUGUACUCAUGCUCAUGGUGAUCAUUUCUUCGGCCUCCCGGUGUUGGAAGAGCAUUUUCCUGGAUUACAAGCUUAUGCUACCAAGGCCGUCGCUGAAGGAAUUGAUCUACAGCAAUCACCGGAAAUUAUGGAUUCGUUUUGGGACAACAUCUUUCUUUCCUCUAAAGAUGGUUCUGGUUUGCCGGAUGCAAAGUCCGUUUUCCAGGCUUUUCCGACAUCGAAUGAAUUCAAUCUCGAUGGUCACCUACUCAAGCUAUACGAUGUCCCUCAUGGCGACACACACGCUAAUUCGUUCAUCCAUUGGUUAGGCGAGGCGUCCAGUGCCGAGAAACGAACCCAAUGGCUUGCAGCUCUUGAGGAGAUACGAGCCUUGAGACCUAAGAUUGUCGUGCCUGGACACACGUUCACUCCGACGUCGACACCAGAUGAGGAAUUGGCGACAGCGAUGCUCACAGGCACGGCAGACUACAUCAAAGGAUUCGCCGAGGAGCUUGCAGCUGCCACAAGUGAGCAAGGUCUAUUUGAAAGAAUGCGGUCCCGAUAUGACCGGUGGAACCUGUACCUGCUCGCUGGCAGUUCCAAAGCCGGAUGGGACAAUAGGACUCUCUGA